AUGAGUAUCGCUGCAGUUGCUGAUAGAUUGUCAGCUGCAUUCAUCACGCCUGCAUUGCCAGCAAAAAUGACGACAUCAACGUAUUCAAGCUCGCAUCGUGGUCAUAAUCGGGGAGACUGGAAUGUGCGCGUGGGUCAUGAUGCCGUUAAGAUGAAUUCGGUAAUUGGUAAAUAUGGCAUAUGGGGCGCCAGUGGAGAACGCCUUCUUCAUUUUGCUGAACAUGAGCUAUUUGUUGCUUUCAGCAACGGAGAAGAUAUCUAG